AUGAAGGAACAAUAUACCACUGCACCAAAAGGCGAGGCACCUCUACUUCAGUGAGCGCAUAUUGUCCUAGAAGUGAGAUGGAGCAAAGUUCAACAGGUACAUCAUGGACGUGCUUGCUCGGUUCCACUUCGACACCACGACUCGCGGCACUACAGUCCCGAUGACCCCCGGCCUUUCGCUCACCGCCAUCCCGGGUCAAGGCACCGAACGGAUCAGGUCAUGGUAUCUGCAGGCUAUCGGCUCGCUCCUCUACAUUUCGCUCGGCACCCGCCCCGACAUCGCCUUCGCCGUGUCCUACCUGGCCCGCUUCGCCAACAACCCUGGACGUCGUCACUGGAUCGCGGUCAAGCACAUCCUCCGCUAUCUCCGGGCCACAUAUCGCGACGAACUGGUUUAUGCUUGCGGCGAGACACGCAUCACGGGCGUGGUUGGCUACUCCGACGCGAACUGGGGGGCCUGCGUCGAUACGUCGGUGUCCACUAUGGGCUACGUCUUCUACAUUGCCGGAUCCGCCGUGUCUUGGUCGUCCAAGCGUCAAUCUCGAGUUGCCGAUUCUACCACCGACGCUGAAUACCUCGCCCUCUCGCAUGCUGGCAAGGAAGGGAUCUACCUCAGUCAGCUGCUCGAGGAGCUCCAUGUCCAACCUGUUGCACCGGCUCACAUUUUUACUGACAAUGAAGCCGCUGCCGCAGUUGCCCACGACCCUGUCCGCGUCUCCGGCACUCGACACAUACGCUUGCGCGAGCACUUUGUUCGGGACAUGGUGAAUCGGGGCGAUAUCUCACUCUCGCAUGUGGGAACCAGCAACAUGGUGGCCGACAUCUUCACAAAGGCUCUUGGCCCAAAGAUUUUCUCGACACACUGCUACGCACUAGGCCUUCGCACUCGACACCCACGGCUUGGAUCUGCCUCGCAUUCGCGUGGGGGGGGGUGUGAAGAGUCCACUCUCAGCUCGACAGGGGCGCCUCGGUCGUUGCGCGCGCCUGCUAGCCUGGCCCCUGUGGUGGGGACUUAGGCGCGCGCGAGUGCCUCAGCGCGCCGGCGCCGGCGGUUUUCGGGCGCGCGCCGCUAGCCCGCCCUUGCAGUGGGGACUUAGCCGCGCGCGACUGCCUCAGCGCUCCAGCGAUUUCGCCCGCGCCUGGGCAUAUCCCAGCGCGGGCCCCCUUUCCAUUUCUUAGCUUCCUUCUCAUCACUUCUGUUCGACUCUCGACUUCUCCUGACAGUAGUGGUGAUCAUCUCAUAGGUACGCUGAAAUAGAUCACUUCUGUUCGACUCUCGACUUCUCCUGACAGUAGUGGUGAUCAUCUCAUACCCCCGACCUGGACCGCCGACCAGCUUGCCGCACGUGACGACGCCGCCCGGGAAAUCAUCGUUGGCUCUAUCGACUCCGCCGACGUAUCGGCCACCCUCGACGCCAUCCCCAGCGACGACCUGUCGGCACCGCGCAUCUUUGCCGCUCUCAAGGCUCGUUUUGCACCGGACGACGCUACACGCACUCUCGAGUUGUUCGCUCGCCUUUGGGACUUCAGGAAGAUGCCUGCCUCCGUCGAGGCCUACGACACUUGGCUACGCGAGUACAUGUCGAUUGCUCAGGAAAUACGCGACGCCAAAACAUCGCUCAACGACGUGCUCGCCACCCACGUGCUCGCCAUGGUCCCGUCUUGCCUCGACAGCUUCCGACUCACGUUCACGGACGAGCAGCGAAACCGACGCGACCUUCCCGAACUCACGACGCUUACGGACCGCAUUCGCAUCCAGCUUCGUUCGGCAGGACUCUCGACCUCGCAUUCGGCCAUGCUUGCCACCAGCUCCCCCUGCCCCGCCUGCCGCGCUCCCGGUCACCGCCUGCGCGACUGCACUUCACGUGCGAAGCACCCGCCCACCGGCCCCUGCCGCCGAUGCCACAAGAAAGGUCACUGGGCACUCGACUGCAAGAACCGGGGUGAACAGGCACGUAGCAGCGACGACACCCAGGACGACACGUCUUCCUCCGCGGCCUCGCAACCGAACGUCGGCUAUUUCGCCUCCUGCCUCUUCGCUCGUCGCCAACUCCCAACUGACGCCUUUGUAGUCGAUUCGGGUGCCACGACACACAUGGUCGCCGACCGAUCUCUAUUCACGACUUAUCGUCAGACGGCACACACCAAGAUCGGCGGCAUCGCGGGCGGCAUCACGGCUAUCGGCAUGGGGGACGUGGCAUUCGUCGCCAAGACUGGACACCCGAUCACGCUCCGUGGUGUUCUUCACACGCCUGGCCUACACGUCAACCUCCUCUCUGUCUCUCGCCUCUGCGACACCGACCGCGUUCGUCUCGCCUUCACCAGCGACGGCAUCGACAUCGCCAAGGACGGCCGGGCCAUUGCUCACGGUACCAGGGUCAACGACGGUCUUUACCUUUUGGACGCGGAUCACACCAAGUGUCAGCAUCUUGCCUUCCUCUCACGCUCUGAGUCUCCCGUGCCCCUGCUUACCCUACACCGCUGCCUCGGCCAUCUUGCCCCAUCCUCUAUACAGAAGAUGAUUGCUGCAGGUUUGCUGGACGGGUUUGGGGCCGGGUAUGAGAUGAUCACCACUACUGUCAGGAGAAGUCGAGAGUCGAACAGAAGUGAUCUAUUUCAGCGUACCUAUGAGAUGAUCACCACUACUGUCAGGAGAAGUCGAGAGUCGAACAGAAGUGAUGAGAAGGAAGCUAAGAAAUGGAAAGGUGGCCCGCGCUGGGAUAUGCCCAGGCGCGGGCGAAAUCGCUGGAGCGCUGAGGCAGUCGCGCGCGGCUAA